AUGCAGUUCAGCUUCAGCCAGCUGCCGAGCUCACCAGCAACCAGCAGAACCAGCCAGCCACGAACCAAUCAGACGGACCAGCAAACAAACCCAUCCAGCAAGAACGGCGAGGGGAGACUACCCGACCAUCUACUCGAGCUCAUCCUCAACCAUCUCCCAGAUCGAUUCGGAUUCAGCAGCCAACCAGACGAGGCUCAAGGAACACACUGGCCAUCCCCACCCACCUCCUUCAGACUGAUCAACAGGAGAUGGGCCAGAAUAGGAGCAGAGGUCUUCUUCAAACACCUCUCGAUCCAUACCAUCAACCGAUUAGAAGCACUCGCCAAGCUCUUCAACUCUCCAAACCAGUGUCUGCCCCGCCUGGUCAGGACGAUCGUCAUCUCGAUCAACCAGCAAGACCUGAUCAGAUCAACCAACCAGCACCACCACCAGCUCAUCAGAGAACUGCUCAGCAAGCUGCUCAAGCCGCUCACCGCCCUCAGAUCACUCUCCAUCCGGGGAUGCUCCCCCGGCAUCCUCUUCCCCGCACCCCUCGAGCUCCAGGAGAUCUUCCUGCCCCAGUCGAUCACCCGCUUCGCCAUCCAGUUCCGCUCCCAGGAAGACUCGGCCCUGCUCAGCACUCUCCCCACCACCCCACACACACCCCAGCCAGCAUCAUCCUCCACUGCUCGCCCCACCCCCAGGAGAGCCCAGCAAGCGGCAGCCACCCUGAUCGAACUCCAUGCAGCCGAACUCAACCUCCUGCUCGUCUGUCUGCCCAACCUGCGCUCGCUCCACCUCUCCAACUUCCGCUCCCAGCCACAUCGUCCACUCUCCCGCUACUCCCCCAACCCCGAGCCCGACUGCUACCCGCAACAGAAAUGCUCUCAGCCCUGGCGAUCCAUCCGCGCCCUGAGCCUCACCGACUGCGAGCUCUCGGACGGCGACGCCCAUUUCUUUGCUAAGAGGUUCACCGCCCUCGAGGCCCUCUCCAUCUCCAACUCCUUCAUCGACCAGCACCACAUCUCGGCCAUCAACCACCUUCUCUCGCCCUCGCCCUCGCCCAGCCCGAAAGAACCCGACAUGCACACACACAGAAAGGACGGCCCUCGUCGACUGGCUGACACGCUCGAGCGGCUCGAUGUCGCCUGGACCGACUUCAAGUACGACCCCUCCCUGCUGCUGUUCCCCACGGGCGCGGACAGCAAGCCGACAGCCGCCGCCAGUGUCCCCGGCGCGACCCUGGCGGCCCAAUACGCCGAGCUAGACCUAUCGGGCCUCAGUCGUCUGCGCGUCUUGCGUCUCCAGACACCCACCCGAGCCCUCCUGCUCCCCGACGAAGUGUCGACGGUCGAGCCCUCAGGCCCACUGGCCUCCCUCGAAUCCCUGCUCAUCGACCCCCGUCUGCUCUUCUUCUCGUCCCCCGCCCACCUCGCGUGCGCGCUCCAAAACGCCCCCUCCCUCAAAAACCUCGGCCUCCUCAACACGCCCAUCGGGUUCUCCCGCGCUAAGAACUCCCCCGACGACGCUCUGCUCGGAUCCGUCCUCUUCAAGCUUGCCUCCCCCUCCUCGGAUCCCGCCCCGGCCUCGUCAAAGCUCCCAUUCCCGCUCAACAACGCACAGAUCCUCUUGCCCCUCUGGUACCGUAAACUGUCCUUCCAAUUCUUCGCGUGGAACUCCGGGUUCAAUUGGAUCUCGUCCGAGCAUCCCGCUUUCGAUCUUCUCUAA